CAGAAUCCAAACUGGACUGGACUGAAUAUAGGCAUCGAACUCGAACAUCAACUUUUGAUGUUUGAUGAUAUAGGUUAGGGUUUUCGUUUUACAAUCCUAUAAAUUUUAGGAAUUCGGAGGUUUCUAAGGGUCAGGACUACAGGACUUCUUGUUGUGGAAUAUGGAAAAUGAAUAUUCUCAUUCCUGUGCAUCAUGGAGGCUCUAUGGAAAUUGGACAGAUAUUACAGCCACAUUUCAGGAAACAGUAAAAGAUUUGAAAUUAGGAGAACUGCUUCAUGACGAAUUGUUUGGGCUCUUUGAGGCCAUGUCUGCAAUAGAAAUGAUGGACCCAAAAAUGGAUGCUGGGAUGUUGUGCAAUCGUGGUGUCAGGAAAAUAAUAUCAUUUGAUCAAGCUGUCCAGGAUAAUAUCAUCAAACUUCAUGAUUUCAAAGAUGCAGAAAUAAUAGGUGUAAUUGAUGGUACUCUUGCUUGUGUUGUUUCCUGGUUGGAAGGGCAUUCCUUAGCACAAACAGUUUUCAUCAAUUUGUACCUGCACAAACCAUACAUGAUAGAAGACAGGACAUUGAGAGCAUUCUGCUUAGCUAUAUAUAAACUAUUAGAAAUAAUCAAAGAUUUGGUUCAUAAUGCAAUGGUAUAUGAGGAAGAGGAUUUCCAACCCAUGCAGUAUGGUUAUCAUUUGAAUCCUGAAGUCUCAGAACAACGUAUGAUUGGGAUGCUUAGAGAAAUUGAAGAAGAUCUCCAUAGAAAAACUAGAUCCAAACCUAAUCUUGAAACACAAGCUUUAUUUGCAAGAAUUAAGUUUUUGAGACUGUUCCUGCAAAUUCUGAUUUCUUUCAAAAAAGAUGAUCAACCAUCUAUACCUGACAGUCAAAGACUGUUAGCCAGUUGCUUAGAAAUGCUUUAUGUGGUUCAAGAAACUGUUGAGUUGGGUGUACAAAAUAGAGACUCUGAACAUGAAUAUAUACUGGGAUUUGAGCCAUCUAUAAACCAGCGCCUAUUACCUCCCACUUUUCCAAGAUAUACUAAAAUCAAGUCCAGAUCAGAAGCUAUAUCAUACUUCAUUGAAAUGACAGAGCGUUUCAAAAUAGUUAGUAAAAUUCAAAUGAUAUCUUCUUUGCACCAAGCCCUGGAUUUUUUUAUCGAAUUCAGCAAAUCCAGCCCAUGCAUAUUAUCAAGGUCUGCUUUACAGUUGCUGUAUCCUGGUACAAAUCCUUUAAACUCCAAAGAGAUAUUGAAAGAAGCUGUGAAAGCAUUCAUCUGUCCCCCUGCUCUACUAUCAAAAACACUAAUGAGUAAUGUGGAAGCUAAGUACUUUGUUGACACAUUUCUUACUCAUUGUUCCCGGCCAUUCAUAAAUUUUUUGCAACUCUGUGGUCACAACAGAGCAAGGCAGAGAGACAAAUUAGCUCAUUUAUUAGAUGAAUUUACCACACUACAAGAUGAGGCUGAACGUGUGGAUGCAUAUUUACACAAUCUUUCUGUUAACUCUCCAUUAUCAAGACCACACAUUGCUUGUUUUGGAACUUGGGUAUUAUACCACACAUUGAGGAUAAUGAUAAUGUACCUUUUAGCAGGUUUUGAAUUGGAACUUUACAGUGUACACGAAUUUUACUAUAUUUAUUGGUAUUUAUAUGAAUUUUUAUAUGGUUGGCUGAUAUCAGCUUUAUCAAGAGCUGAUAGUUUUCUGGUUGAAAAUGAGAUUCUCAAUGAAUUACAAAGGAAUAAAGGAACUUCUAAGAAGAAAACUAAAUACAAAAAGCGGACUAGACCCUACAACAGAGAUAUCAUUUAUUUACAGGCUCUACAGAAUAUGUGUGGAGGGUACUAUAAGGCUUUGAUGGGGUUCCGUUUAGAAGGGAAAUUGACAAUGCCUCAUCCUCGUUUUGACAAUGAACAAGUUAGGUAUGAACACAGAUUCGCCCCUUUCCAGAAUCUGCUCACACCUCCACCAGUUGUUUAUGCGGAAUUCAGGGAAAUGACUUCCUUUGAAAGGUUUCAACAGCAACCGGUGGACAGCGUGUUUCUGUAUAUAGCGGGCUGUAAACAUUUUCAUCAGGCCCGCCAGUUGUUGGAGAGCAUAACCGCUGAUUCCGAAAUUACAGAAUUAUUGAAAAUAUGUAAAACAAAUUUUAUUGUACUCAAGUUGUUGGCUGGUGGUCAUAAAAAGGAAUCAUUGAAACCGCCAGAAUUUGAUUUUAUGAAAAACAAAUAUUAUCCUGUCAUCAAACUGAAUUGAUUUUAUUUCAUAGGUGUGGUGAAGAAUAUGGAGAUCAGUUCAUCUAAAGUGGAUAAUAUUUUGUGAACAGUCAUAACAUAAGACCUUUUUUCAAAAAUGAUAAUUCUUGUUCCAGUGAAGCAUAUCCUCAGAAAAAGAGGUAGUAAUUUUCAUUAUUUGGUUUGUAAAUAUAAAUGAUAUACCCAUAAUUUUUGUAUUCCCAGAUUGGAACAAUUAUUAUGCUUCAAUGUGGAAUACCAAGAAAUUGUUGAAUUUUGAUGAUCUGUUGAAGUACAUUUUAUUUGAGGGUCAGUCUAUAUUUCUACAAGAAGAAUAAUCUAGUCAAUGUUUUUUGUUUCAAUAGACCUUCCUAAUUGGAAAAUAUUUUUCUUUAUACCUAAUCAAUUUUUACUGAUUCAAACAUUCUUUUUAUAGAAUUAUAUCAUUGUAUUUUAUUGACCAUUAAUUUUUUGUUGAAAUAAAGUUUUUUUGUUAAA